GCGCUGCACUGCUGCAGCUGCAAGUGGAAGACUGUCUGCAACCUGCAAGAGUGCGAGUUUUGUGAAGUUGUGAGAGUGUAAAUUUUAUUUAUUUAUUGCAUACGUAACUUCAAAUUUUAUGUCAUUCAUAUUUGAGUGAUUAAUUCUAUUUUCCAACUAUUAGGAGUGCAGUGACAUUAGAAAAUAAGCUGUCAUAAGUAGGGCAUUCAAAAACCACGCCUGUCCUGAAGAAAAUGUAAACAUUUCAAUCGCAUGUUUUACUAUUUGAAAAGAAAAUGCUUUUUUAAAUUUCAAUAAUGUAAAAGAAUCUAAAUUUCAAAUCAGUUUCUAGUUUUUAAAAUUUUGGUCACAAUGGUGUUUGAAAGCAUAGUUGUUGAUCUGUUGAACAGAUAUGUUGGAGAAUACGUUGAGAAUUUGGAUAGCAAGCAGCUAAAAAUUGGAAUAUGGGGAGGCGAUGUAGUUCUGGAGAACCUUGUUAUGAAACAAAGUGCCUUGGAUGACCUGAAUCUUCCUGUCAAGACUGUUCACGGUCAUUUGGGUAAAUUGAUCUUGAAAAUACCGUGGAAAAAUCUCUACUCAUCUCCAACUGAAGCAACAGUAGAAAAAUUAUUUCUGCUAGUCGUGCCAAAUCAAGACACCAGAUAUGAUCCCGAGAAGGAAGAGAAGUGGAAACAAGAAGCCAAACAGGCUGAAAUUGAAAAAGUGGAAGCAGCGAAGAAAAAGGAAUUGGAAAAAGACAAACCUAAAGCAGAUGAUACAUUCACUGAAAAGAUGGUCACUCAAAUUGUGAGGAACGUUCAAAUUUGUAUCAAAGAUAUACAUAUCAGAUAUGAAGACCGCGUUACCUCUCCGAAAAGUCCGUUCUCUUUCGGAAUAACAUUGCACAAUCUAUCUGUAACCACCACCAAUGAGAAUUGGAUUCCUGCCAUAAGUCAAGAUGUUACCGCUAAAAUAUUCAAGCAUUUGACCAUUGAUGGACUCGCCAUCUAUUGGAACUCCAACUGUGAAUUGUUCAGCUUACUCCAAAGCCAAGGGUUAAACAACAAAUUCCAAUCCGGAAUCCCUUCCAAAGGACAACUUGUCCCUGGAUACAAAUACAUGGUUGGGCCAAUUUCGUGUACUGCAAAACUUCAGUUAAACACUAAACCCGAACUGGAUGACUUCCAAGUGCCAAAAUCUCUGUUCAAUAUUGAAAUGGAGAAAGUGCAAUUGAAAAUAUCAAAACUGCAGUAUAGAGAUAUAUUCGCUCUGGUGGACUCUCUAGAUAGGAUGAGACGUGCAGCUUUAUACAGAAAGUACCGGCCCCAAGUGAACUCGUACAGAGGGCAUUACAAGCUAUGGUGGCAAUACGCGUACACAUGCGUGUUGGAGGAGGAGGUGAGAAGGAGACGGCGCAACUGGGACUGGGUGCACAUAUUCACGCACAGAGCCAACUGCCGCAAAUACGCCGAGGCUUACCAGGCCAAGCUGACCGGUGGCAGCAAGGAGUGUGUCGACACCUGCAGGCAAUGUGAACUGGCUCUCGACGCUUUCAACAUUGUGCUCAUUCGACAGAAGAUCGAGGUUGAGGUGGAACGGCAAGGCAAACUGCUGGAAGCGAAGAAGCAGAGUGAAAAGGCCAAAGGCUGGUUCUCAGGCUGGUGGGGCGGAAGCUCUUCUGCAACUGUUAUUGAGGAACAGUCAAAGACGGAUGAUAUAAGAAAACAGUUUGCUGAAGCAAUGACAGGCGAAGAGAAGGACAAGCUUUUCCGUGCCAUUGGAUACCAAGAAAAUUUUGUACCUGAUGAUCUACCAGUGGAAUUCGUCGCUGUUCGACUGAAUUUCCUUCUGCAGUGCCUUGAGGUGGAAGUGAGAGAUGAUGAUCUACAAGAUGAAAAGUCGGUGAUGCGAGUUGCUUUGAAUCAAAUGGAACUUCAACUCGAGCAAAGACCUUCAGCAAAUGCAAUUAGGGUAACGUCCAUGAUGUACAAUCUGUCAGCAUCUGGUCUCAAACAGUUGGACGGACUCCCCGAAGUGUGCAGUUCCCUGCAUAGCACUGAGGGCGAUGCAAAAACGCCUCUAGUCAAAAUUAUCUUCGAAACGAAUCCGCUGUGUGGUACCUGUGACCACAGAGUGCAUGUUGAGUUCAAACCGUUGCAAAUUGUUUACGAUGCUCAGACAAUCAUUAAACUGACUGAUAUUUUCACACCUCAAGAAGAACAAUCGGCGGUCGUAUCUCAGCUUCAAGCGGCGUAUCAAAUGAAAAUGGCUGAAGUGAAAGAGAAGUCUGCUCUUGGUUUGCAGUAUACGAUUCAAAAACACACCAGAUUGGAUCUUAAAAUAGAUGUGAUGGCUUCUCAUGUGAUAAUACCUCAUGGUGGUUUCUAUAAUAAGAAACAUCCUGUACUAGUUUAUAAUUUGGGAAAAUUCAGUGUUUCCUCACGAUUGAGACAGGAAGAUCCGCUGAACGUCAGAAACAUGCACAAAGAAGGUUAUUCAGAGGAUAAAAUAUUGGAAAUUCUACGAGAAGAAAGCUAUGACCACUUCAUCUUGAAAAUGGAAGCAGCUCAGGUUCUUCUUGCUUAUCCAGAUGAAGAUUGGCUUCCAUUGUGUUGUAAUCAUAAAAAAUCUGAUUUACAUUUACUGAACCCGACUGAUCUCACCAUCGAAAUACACAAGUGCCUUAUCUCUGAUGACCCAAGACUGCCCAAGGUCAAAAUAAAGGGCAGUUUACCUCAAAUUACAUUAAGGAUCAAAGAAAAGAGAAUGGUCGAUACAUUAGUAUUGUUGAUGAGCAUUCCAUUCACCGAAGCCAAGCCUGCUAAGCCUCACGAACAGGAUCAAGGGUUCCAACUGUAUCAGUCGACAUUAUCGAUAACAGCUCACGACAUGAAUCGGCUGAAGAAGCAGAAGACGAUCAGUAUGCAAAUGGAAGACGAGGAGAUAAUUCAGUACACUGAUGUCGAAGCCAAAUUUGAGCUGCAACAAAUUUUCAUCGAAGUAAUUGCAGAGAAGGGUGCAUUAUCUUACAAUCCCACAGUGUCAAUGAGUGUUCUGAAACUUGAGGCUGCGUUGCUUGUCCAGACGUUCCAAAUAUCGGGCGAAGCCAGACUUGGUGGCCUCGAGCUCCUUCACCACUUCGAAUCAAAAGUGAUCAAAGUCAUUGACACGCCCAUGGCAUCUGGCAAGAAUGAAGACCUUCUCAUUCUCACCUAUCUAAGUGCUGACAAAGACAGUCCUGAGUUCCACAGUCGUUAUGCGUCCAUUCUACAGCACCUAACUGUACACUUUUCAAAGCUCAAUGUAUUAGUACAUCAAGAGGCUCUUAUGUUCCUCGUCCACUGGAUUGGAAUCACUCAGUCCUACAUAGAAGAGCAAGCAUCUGCUUUGGGAAAGAAAAAACUGGAAGUGCGACCCAAUACUCUUACCGUGAGAAAAGAAACUUUACAAUCUAGUUUGACAAAUCUGCAAGAAUCCAUGCGCGACAUUUUCCAUCCAGUUUCCUCUAGAGUGGUGAAAAAGGGAAAAGCAAAGCGUGUAGAAGUAAUAGAUUUAAAGCUUGAUGCGAAGCUGGAUGAAAUUGGAAUCACACUCUCCAAUAAUAUGCACGAUCUUGCCAGACUGGAAGUCAGUGGCUGUAAUUCUUCAAUAAUCAUCAAAAAAUCCUACACACAGAUCGAUGCUAAACUAACCAACUUCCAAGUAUAUGAUUUCAACAAUAAAACUGUCCAUCCAAAGGUGCUGACAAUUGUUGGUAAAGAAGAGUUGAUGAGUGCUCAACUAGUCCUUUUCAACGAAGAGCUUCUGCAGCGCACCACGGAUGCGGUCAACAUGUCGGUCAGAGCUGACAUUGGCUGUGUCAGAAUUGUUUUCAUCAACCGCUUCCUCACUUCAGUUAUUGGAUUCAUGAAUAAUUUCCAAACCGCUCAAGAAAAAUUGAAAGAAGCAUCAGCGGCAGCAGCUGAAGCAGCUAGAAGUAACGUGAGGCAAGCUUACUCUGCAGCUGUUAAAAUCAGACUCAAUAUCUAUCUGAAGGCUCCUAUCAUAGUGAUUCCAGAGAACUCGAAAAGUUCCAAGGCAUUGUUCUUUGAUUUCGGUUUUCUCACCAUAUCCAAUAACUUCCAGGAUAUUCCUACCAAACAGGAUGGACACACUGCUGUUAUUGAUCACAUUAGCUUGAAUCUCAUCAACUUGAAGGUUUCAAGAGUUUUAUUAGAUGAUGAAGGCACAAUCAAAACUGAACAGAAUAUCCUCAAACCGAUCACAUUUGAUUUGUCAGUGCAUAGAAAUUUGUCGUGUGGUUGGUACACUGAUAAACCUGACCUGGAUGUUGGAGCUCGCUUAGGAACAAUACUGAUACAACUAACUAAAAAUGAUUAUGCUACUCUGAUGUCAAUUGUGAGUGAGAAUCUGGCAGAAGUGGACUCAUCUUACACAGUAGCCGAACGUAUUUCAAGCUCAGCCACAGUGGCGAGUGCGAGUGCUCCACCCAUGUCCAAAUCAUCCACUUCAUCCAAACCACUCGCCCAUAGUCUAGGCAAAGGAACGGGUGUUAAAAUACCCCAGAGUGAUAUCACAACAUCUAUAAAUUUCAACUUUACAUUGGAAAGUAUUAUUGUUGAACUAUUCACUGAUGAUGAAGAAACAGAUUCGGAUAAAAGACGAAACAGCGUACUCUCGCAGAGCUUAGCCAGGAUGACCCUGCAUUUGUUAUCAGUGAAAGGUCAAAUGCUAUCUGAUGGCACAAUUGUUUCCUCUGUUCUGAUGUUGAAUCUGCUUCUGGACGACACAAGAGCUUCAAGAGCGACUAAAAUCAAUCGCUACAUGGAACGUGUCACGCAAGAUGCUGAUUCAAACGAGUCUGAGAGUUCGGAAUCGAAGGUUGAAUCGGAUUUCCCUGAUCCAGAAGGCAGUCAGUCACUCACUCCGUCCAAUCGGCGAGCAAUGGUGGAUGCAACCAUAAAACUCAAGGAUGGAAAUCUGUAUUUAGAUCUACGUGUUUACAGUUUUGUGCUCAUACUCAACCUUGAACAUCUUUUGAAGAUUCGAGACGUGUUUGUUCUCCCUGAAGCACCUGAGGUGCACCUGGAUGUGACAAGGAAACUUUCGCCGCAAACAAAGAUUACUAGCUCUGUAACAUCUUACGUCUCAAAGCCUCAAUCUGAACCCCAAACUUUAGAGGCUGGUGAUAAGGAUAUCAUGAGAAAUAUUGACAUCCAUCUUGAGAAACCGGAUAUAAUCCUUGUUGAAAACCUCGACGAUGUAAAUACAAAUGCGUUGAAUUUGCAGAUGGAAGUGAAUGCCAAAUUGAGUAUGAGCGGCAAUGGGAAACAUCAAUUCAUUUCAGCUAACAUUAUGGAUCUUCAACUGUUUACCUGCUGCUACAACCCUGAAAAAAGACAAAAUACAAAAUCACUUGUCCUGUUUCCGUUUUGCGUUUCAUUAGUAGGUAAUACACCUGAAGACAAUGGACUACACCUUGAUUUAUCCACUACCAGAAUCCAUCUAGCUGUUUCGCCAGGAACAAUAGAACUUCUAAACAAAUGCUACCAGACGUUGUACGAUGAAGGAGCUGAUUCAAAAAGUAAGAGAAAAGAUUCAAACUACACCAACGUUUGGAAUGUCUCGAAAGUUGAAGAAAAAGAUUUCUGGUUCCUAAGCUCUGAAGUUGCCCAAGACGCACUAGAGAUGUUAGCGGUUGAACCAAGUGCUGCAGCCGUCCAACCAUUGCAAGAAGUUUGCUCAGUUGAGGUCCCAUCCUUAGUAAUAACCCUAGAAACUGGCAUUGGCAAACACACAAUACCUUGCUUACUUUUAGAGUCAACCGCGUCAGGAAAAGUACAUAAUUGGAGUUCCAAUUUAAGAGUUGAUAUGGAGAUCACUCUACAGAUGAACUAUUAUAAUUAUUCUUUGGCAAUUUGGGAACCAGUUCUUGAACCAAUUGAAACUUUCAAGGAUGGAAAUAGAAUUCUAAACCCAUGGAAGUUGAAUAUGGAGAUGAAAAAGACACUGGAUGAGGAUGAACAGCAAUCUAGAGAUGCCACAGAAUCAAAACCACCCGCCAUGACGAUAAAUAUACAGUCGCUAGAAGCAAUGGAGCUGACAAUCACGAAAACAUGCCUGGAAGUUUUGACAUCGAUUGGAGCCGCAUUCCAGGAAGCAAUCUACAAACCAGAAGCCAUCGAGAAGUCUGAAAUCGAGGCGCCGUAUUUGAUUCAAAAUGAUACCGGCUUGUCGAUAACUGUGAUACUUGCUAAUGAUGCUUUCAGAGUGUCUGGUGUAGAUAACACAGACUCGAUCACAGAAGUUGUUCUGAAGCCGGAUGCGACUGUGCCGCUGUCUGCGCUUGAUCUGACCCUUGGCGGCGGGGGCGGGGAGAGCAUGCCCAGGACCAGCUUCCAGGGAAAGAGGUCGCCCUCAUUGCAGAACAGUAUGGUCAAUCGAAUGAGCGUCCGAUCUGUCGACGAACGUUAUCUAACAUUGAAUAUAGAAGAGUUGAAUGGUGAACUGCAAAUUCCUAUGAUGAAAGUGGACAAGAGGUAUUUCACUCUGCAUAAACCGAAUGCCUCUGACAAUUCGUCUUCGAAAUCAGUGUCCAGUGAACAGAUCGGCUUGGUUGUUGAUAUUACACUUGAAUCAAAUGCCACAAUGAAAGUCACAUUGUGCAGUAUCAUCAGGCUGUAUAAUAAUUUCAGUGUGGCAAUCAGUGUGUAUUUUAUGACAAAAAAAGGAAAUGAAGUGCAGCUUAUCACUUCGAUUCCUCCCAAAAGCCAUUUCAAUCUUCCAGUCCAAGCCAUCUACACGCCAGCCAAAGAAAUAUUCUUCAGUGUUGAAGGAUAUUCGUUAUCAACUCACCCAUUCAUUUGGAAGGAAGUGCAGUCCAACUGGUCAUUCAGCAAACUUCUUCAGUGCAAUUCGAAAAACUCAGAAGAUAAAGAACCGUUCUUUAUAAAGGCAGUAGGAGAAGUUGAGCAGGUGUAUUUCGAGCAUGGCAACCGGCACACAAUGAACAGCAACUGCAUCAAUAUCAACCUGAAUCCGCCAGUCGUGCUGAAGAACCUGCUGCCGGUCGACAUCAUCUGCUGUGUGCAAGGAAUAGUCACUGAGAACUGCAUCAAGAGCGGCGGCGUUUUCGAAAUACCAACCUGUGAGCCUGGCUCUUCUUCAAUUGUUCUACGGAUAAGUGGCUACCUGGACCGUGAAUGGUCGUGCAAGAACAGCAUAGCCGAGGAGCCGCCUGAACUGGACGUGUGGAUAUUCGAGUGCUACGAGUCACCUCAGCGCAUCUGCUUCGAGCUGGGAAUGCAUUCAGUCAUCAAGAACGGCUGCCUCGUCAUGCAACUCUACUGUCCUUUCUGGAUGAUCAACAAAACUGGGCUCUCGCUCUGUUACAGGAGAUCGGGAAAACCCACAGCUGAAACAGUUAGUUCUGGAAUACCUACAGAGCAGCCCGAUGACAUGAGCAACGUGCUAUUCCAUCCUGAUGAUUUCAAAGGUCCUGUCAUGUUCUCAUUCAGAGCCAAGAACUUUUUCGGAAAGAAAAAAGCUACAAUCAAAGUUGAGAACGGUGAAUGGUCUGAAAAGUUUUCUCUCGACGUUGUUGGUAGUUAUGGAGUUGUAAGCUGUGUUACCAAUUCAAUCAAAUAUCAGAUUGGUGUAAACAUUCAGCUCAUGUCAAACUCUUUGACAAAACAAGUCAUUCUUACUCCAUACAACGUGCUGGUGAAUAAUUCACCUCAAACAACAUUGGAAUAUAAGGAAAGUGUUCAUGGCUGCGAAUGGAAACCGAUAUCCCCUCUUAGCUGUUGUCCUUUCUACCCUAAAUCUGCAGGUAGCAGUCAAUUGAUUGUUCGUGUUCUGAAUACGUCUCAAGAAACUCUUUCCUUCCCUUACGAUACCAUUCACAACACUUUGCUGAAGCUGGAUAAUGAGUUUGGAGGUGUCUCAGUGGAUGUUCAAAUCACUGAAGGAUCGGUGCACAUUGCAUUCGAUGACUUCGGCCCCGAAUUGGCCACUGCUCUCAUUGUUAAUCAUACUGAUUUCGAAAUCACUCUCAAAGAGAAGAAUGUUGAGCAUGAAACUAUCAGUCUUCCUCCAAAUCAUAAAACUCUGUUUUGUUGGUCCACGUUCAAUGAAGAUAGAUUCAUAACCUGGAAUGAAAAGUACAAGACUGAUCUUCUCAAGCAGGUCGACUUUGAAAAAUUCUUGGUGAAGAAGCCGAAUGAAAAAGAAUUGAACCGAGCCUAUCGCACAGGAUUCUGGGUAUCCUACAAACAGUCCAAGCAUCAAGUGCAAAUUCACUCGAAAAUAAAUAGGCUGCAAAUCGACAAUCAGAUGCAGGACUGCAUUUUCCCUGUUGUUCUGGCGCCAGUGCCCCCUCCCAAGAGUGUUGCUCAGCAUCAUGCCAUAAAACCUUUUGUCGAAGUGAGUGUGGUGGAAUGUCUGACAGAGAGAAGUGUCAUCAAACAGUUCAAAUAUUUCAAAGUUCUUAUGCAAGAAUUCCACGUGAAAGUGGAUGUUGGCUUCAUCAAUUCGAUUGUCAGCUUUUUUGAAGCUGGUGACAUCUCAGAUGAAGAAGAGAUAAAACGUUUCAAGAACGACUGCAAAUCAAUAGAUGAAGAGCUCAUGUCUCGUGUCGAGUUGAUAUCUUCAAGAGAGCAGAAGAACUAUUAUGAUUUCUUCCAUUUCUCUCCCAUCAAGAUGCAUGUUAGUUUCUCACUGAGCGGUGGCAUUGGUGGUUCUGGAGGUGUCCACGGUUCACUGCCUCCUAUUGUAUCACUUCUGACUCAAAGUCUUGGAGUAACCCUCACCGAUAUGCAUGAUGUUGUGUUCAAACUAUCCUACUUCGAACGUCAGUACAUUUUCAUCAAUCAGCGGCAGAUCAUGUAUGAAAUCCAGUCACAUUACAUUGGGCAGCUAAUCAAACAAUUCUAUGUGCUUGUUUUCGGGUUGGAUGUGCUGGGAAAUCCCUAUGGAUUAGUUGUCGGCUUGAAACAUGGUGUUGAAGAUCUCUUCUACGAGCCUUUCCAAGGUGCUAUCCAGGGUCCCGGUGAAUUCGCUGAGGGUCUCUAUCUUGGCGUUAAAAGUCUUUUCGGGCACACAGUGGGUGGGGCAGCAGGGGCCAUGUCUCGUAUCACUGGAGCUAUGGGCAAAGGAUUGGCUGCACUUACAUUUGAUGAGGAUUACCAACGUAAAAGACGAGAACAAACCGAACAGCAGUGCACUGUGCACGAGUCCAUUACCAGAGGAGGAAAAGGAAUUGUUAUGGGCGUUGUUGGAGGAAUUGGAGGUGUGAUAACGAAGCCCAUAUCGGGAGCCAAAGAAGAGGGUGUCGAAGGAUUCUUCAAGGGAUUUGGCAAAGGCAUGGUCGGUCUUGUAACGAGGCCCACUGCUGGAGUCGUUGACUUUGCUAGUGGAACGCUCAGCUCUGUUAGAAGAAUAACCCAGUUCAGCGAGGAAGUAACGAGACAAAGGAACCCUCGCAAUUUCAAGAGUGAUCGUUACAUCCGUCCAUACUCCAGGCUCGAUGCUGAAGGAUGCAAACUUCUUCAAGAGGUUGAUAAAGGAAAAUAUGCUGGAACAGAUACCUACGUUUAUCAUAUUCCGAUCGGAAAUAAAGACAUUCUACUACUUACUGAUAAAAGGAUUCUUUAUGUCACUCACAGCGAUAUGUUCGGAGGAUUUCAGGCCGAAUGGACACAUACUUGGGGUGAACUGUCCGAGCCUCCAAAACUGGCUGAUACGGGUAUAAUCCUUGUACUGCAAGAUGCAAAGAAAAAGUUAUUCCGCUCCUCAAACAGCAAAAAGAUGUUGGUCAUCCCCGAAGAAGACAGGAGAAAGGCGGUGUUUGCAAAGAUGAACAAUUGUCUUCAAGUGUCACAAAGAGGCUCUCUCGCUUCAGGCGCCGGAAGCAUGUCUUCAUAACUUCACAUCAAAUGUGUCUCAUGAAUGAUGAUGUAAUCUAGCUUCUUAGCCUCAUUCUCUCUUAUUUGCACAAAUAAUGUAUCACAUCACCCAUAUAAAGGACAUCAUUGCACAUUGACAUUUUUCUUCCCAGUAAUUUAUAUUUAAAAAACUUUCUUCCUUGUUCAUUUUUCUGUCUUCCGUAAAACAAAGACAUAAAACAAUCUACUAUAAAAUGCAUAACCUUUUAUGGAAGAAAAUUUAUACUUAACUAUAAUGCGUCUUUCGCAAACUUCAUUACAAUUUAAGAAUAUUUCAAACUAUUGUUCGUUUAAUAUGUUAUACUAAUUAUUAUGAUUGCGUGUUUGUGUCUUAGAUAGAAUCAUUUUAUCGGCCUAUUAAUAUCCUCAAGAAUACAUAAUGCUAGGUAUUUCAGCUGGAAUUUUGGUGCAACUCCCAAUUUAGUCGAGUAUAUUAAUAUAGUAUAGUAUUUUAAUGCUGUAUUACCAAAUUUUGUUCAACAUAUUGAUUAAUUUUUAGUCAUCAUAAUUAUAACAAUAGUAAUUAUUAUCCAUUUUAGUGUUAGAUCCUAACCCAUGGAUGUCAUGGUGUGAUAAUACGAGUAGGCCUAUACUCAGUAACCAUGCUGUUCAAUAAUUUCUUGGUUUUCACAUCCAGCUAAUUUUGAGAGGCUUUAAAAUAAUAUUAUAUUAUAAUAAACAAAACGUGUGAUCCAUGAAAUAUGUGAUGUUAAUCUCAGGAAAUACCAUUUUUAUGUGAGAUUUAUGUUGAAAACUUAAAUUAACCUUUAUUGAAUUCUUAAUGAAACCAAUUUUAUUUACAACAGUACUUAACUGCAAACCUAUUUGGUAGUUGACCAUAGGAAAAAUCAUUGUAACUACUUUGUUGGAACAUUUAUGAUUAUAGUUACAUUGUAUUAAUUUAAUCAAUUAAAACAUGUUUCUGUUCAAGAAAAUAUGUAGUUCAAACUCCAUCCAUUGAAAUGGUUCUGAACUGGACCAUGUAGGAUGUAAAUGAUUAUGUGAUAUUCAUCUAUUACUGACUACCGUAGAUUAGCUAUCAUGUAGUUUAGUAUGUUACAUUAGUAACUUCAAAAUAAUAAAGCUUUAUAAACUAAAACUGAUAUAACAUGUAUUGGUAAUUAGUCGAGUUGUAUAUUUUAUUCAUUCAAUUCACUAACAGCAAAAAUGUUUUUUAUUAUAUUGUUUGAAAUUGUAUAUUUAAUUUAGAGCGUAAUUUGAAUGGAAAAUUUUUGAAAACUCAAUAAGACAUUGCAGAAUCUCACAAAUAUUCAUCUUCAUUUUGAAAUGUUUUCUCUUUUCCAAGUUGUAAAAGGGACCAACCUAUGAAAACUUAUACGCGCUGCUAGAGACAAUAGAAAAGGAUAUUGGUUAUAUGUGGUGCUGCACAGUUCUAUUUUCAGUUAUCUCUUUUAUGAUUGAAGUUAAUUUCAUAUCACCUCUUAUUUAGGCAUUCAGAUUAAAGAAGCUCUCAUUAUGUCUUUUAUAAAUUACUAUAUUGAUAGAUUCUUUUGAAGUAAAAUAACUCAUUAAAUUCUCUCAGCCAAUUUUAAAUAGCUUCUAUUAUUUUCUGUUAUCGCAACGCUUUCAUCCAUCAUCUAAAUAAAUAUUUCAAAUCUUGUUUCCACAAAGAUUUUCUUUUCUAUUGGAUUUAUGCUCUUCCUGUGUAAAAAAUAAAAUUUAUCCAUGAAUCUUUCAAACAAACAUUAUUAAAAUUUAAAGAUGUUCAAAAUAUUCAGAAAGAGAUAAUAAUAGCACUAUACUUGUAUACUUGGUGGCUACAGUACCGGACUUUUCAUUAAGGAUUUACCUACCCACUUUCAUUGAUCGUUUUCAAAACUGUUGAGCAGUAGCAUAGUUAUUGUUGUUGAGAUUAAUUUAUAUUUUGAAGAAUAUAUUUUCAUUUUUGUAAAAUUUAUAGUAGAGUAGUUCAGUUUAGAUUUUGUAUGGUUUUGCAAAAGUAUCUCAAACUCUGCAUUGAAUCCUCCUUCUCGUUAGUAGAUUCUUCUCUUAUUUUUCUUGUGGUAGCUCAAUUUACUUUUAGCAUAAUGAGCGUAAGUGUUAAAGCAGCUAAUUCACAUAAUUUAAUAAACUGAAUGAGAAGUGUGAGCAUUGAUAUUAAUUAAUUUUCAAUAUAAUUGUUAAAUUCAAUUUUACCAAGAUCACAACUUUCAGCCAACAACUGGUGUUGUUUAUUCCCAAACCGAUAAUAUUUUCAGUUUUUCACUGGCUUCAUUUUCAUCUUAAGUUAUAAAAUAAUAAUGAAAAAUACUAAUUGAAAAUUAUCGUAUUAUUCAUAAUUUAUUUUUUCUUAUUCUAUCUACGUAAGUACGGUACUAAUUGAACUAAUAUUUACACUUUUGUAUUAAUUGAAUUUUGCCUUGCUAAAGCAUUUUAAAAUUACUAAUGCCUUGGACGCAUUUGAACAAUUUUUGUGUGUUGGUAGAUUAUUACUGUAAACUUAAUUGAAAGUAGAAAUAAAACGCUUGUUGGAUUUUAUAGUUA